AUGCCAGAACCAGUAGGAGUAGCCAAUUUGCCCAAUCAAAGGUACAAAAUUGUCUCCAAAGAAGGGGCUACCUUCACCAUCAUGGUGGCGGGAGAAAGUGGUUUGGGAAAAACAACAUUUAUGAAUACUUUAUUUCAAACUUCGUUAAAACCACAUCAAGAUCCUCGCAACAGACACAACAAAUUCACUUCAUCUCAUCAAACUGUGGAAAUUGAUAUAGUUAGGGCCAUUUUGGAGGAAAAGAAUUUCAAAAUCAGAUUGAAUAUUAUUGAUACGCCAGGAUUUGGAAAUAACGUAAACAACAAUGAUUCUUGGGUUCCUAUUAUUGAUUUUAUCGAUGAUCAACAUGAAUCUUUUAUGAGACAAGAACAACAACCCUCAAGACUCGCCAAAAAAGAUUUGAGAGUACAUGCCUGUCUCUACUUUAUUAGACCAACAGGUCAUCUGUUGAAACCAUUGGAUAUCGAAGUUAUGAAACGAUUGUCCACAAGAGUGAACUUGAUUCCAGUUAUUGCUAAAGCGGAUACUUUGUCACCUCAGGAAAUGGAGACUUUCAAAAGCAGAAUAAGAGAUAUCAUUGAGGCUCAAGAUAUAAAUAUUUACACACCUCCUUUGGAAUUGGAUGACCCUGCUAGCGCGGAACAUGCUAAACAGUUGAUUGAAGCAAUGCCAUUUUCCAUCAUUGGUUCUGAAGAGGACGUUGAAGUUUCUCCGGGCCAAUUUGUAAGAGGUAGAAAGUAUCCAUGGGGGGUAGUUGAAAUCGAAAAUGACCAACAUUGCGAUUUCAAGAAAUUGAGGAGUUUGUUGUUGAGAACAAAUAUGUUGGAUUUGAUCUCAUCGACAAACGAAUUGCACUAUGAAACUUUCCGUUCAAUCAAACUAGGUGAUGAUGAAGGGGAAAAUCGAGGAUUAAAUGGAGGCGAAGACGGAUCAAAUGAAGAAUUGACCAAUGAAAAGGGUGAAGUAAUCAAGAAACCUUCAGUUAAAAAGCCAAGACGAGUGUACAACCCAAAGUUCAAAGAAGAGGAAGAUGCAUUAAAGAAAUUCUUUACCGAGCAGAUAAAGGCAGAAGAACAAAGAUUUAGGCAAUGGGAGACUAAUAUAAUCAACGAAAGAAAUAGAUUGAAUCAAGAUUUAGAGGAGAUGCAAUCGAAAUUAAAGGGUUUGGAAGAACAGGUUAAAAAGUUACAAAUUUCCAAACGUUGA